UUAAUUAUUAAAUGGCGUCCGGAUCGAAACGCUUGGUUGAAUGUGUCCCAAAUUUCUCUGAAGGGAAGAGAAAAGAAGUGAUAGAUGCUAUUUCAACUGCAAUCAGAGACACUGAAGGAUGUACUCUUUUACUUGUAGAACCAGAGGCAUCCGCUAACAGGACUGUGUAUACAUUUGUCGGUGAUCCAGUGAGUAUUGUUGAAGGAGCUGUUAAUGCAGCGAAAGUUGCUCAUUCGCUCAUUGAUAUGAGGAAACAUAAAGGCAAUCACCCCAGAAUGGGUGCAUUGGAUGUCUGCCCGUUUAUUCCAGUGAGUGACGUCACUAUGGAGGACUGUAUUAAUUGUUCUAAUGAGUUUGGAUCACGUUUAUCAAAAGAGUUGAACGUUCCUUUAUAUUUGUAUGAAUAUUCAUGCACUGGAGGUGACCACAGGAGGACAUUACCACAGAUAAGGGCAGGAGAAUAUGAAGGACUUAAAGAUAAGAUUAUUAAAUCAGAAUGGACACCUGAUUAUGGUCCAGCCCAGUUCGUCCCAUCCUGGGGUGCUACUGUCACAGGUGCUCGUCCAAUGCUUAUAGCUUAUAAUGUCAAUCUUUUGGGUACUAAACAACAAGCUCACCGCAUUGCUUUGGAUAUAAGGGAGCAAGGGCGUGGCCCUGAUAAUCCCGGUAAGUUUAAAUGUGUUCGUGCCAUUGGUUGGGAUCUUGAAGACAAAGGCUUAUCUCAGAUCUCGAUAAACCUCACCGACUAUAAGACCACACCCAUUCACGCUGCAUAUGAAGAGUGUGUGAGGAUUGCUAAAGACCUCAAACUAGCUGUCGUUGGUUCUGAGAUUGUUGGACUAGUACCACUUGAGGCAGUAAUGCUCUCAGCUGAUUACUACAUUCAAAAGGAGUCAUUGUUCAUUUAUAAAGAAGAGCAGAAGAUUAGACUGGUAAUAGAGAGGCUUGGACUUAGCUCACUCUCUUACUUCAAUCCUAAAGAAAAAAUAAUAGAGUAUUGUAUAGGUUCUACUGCUGAUGGUCCUUUGGUUAGUUCAAGUGUAAGGGACUUCAUUGAAUCGAUUGGUUCACGUGCAUCAACCCCUGGAGGAGGAUCAGCCAGUGCCUGUAUUGCUAGUAUUGGCUCUGCCCUAGCUACUAUGGUUGGAUUGAUGAGUUAUGGUAAGAGAGAGUUUGAGGGCAUUGAUGGUAUAAUGAGAGAGACUAUACUGCCACUCUAUGAUGCAAUGGAGCAACUGAUACCAAUCAUUGACUCUGACAGCACUGCCUUCUCUUCAUAUAUGGAUGCUCUUAAAAUGCCUCAUUCUAAUGAUGAAGAAUCAACAAAGAGAUCGUUAGCAAUGCAGGAAGGACUAAAGAGAGCUAUUGAGGUUCCAUUGGGUUUAAUGAGGAAAGCUCAUUCAUGCUGGCCACACCUUUUUGUAUUAGCAGAGCAUGGGAAUAAACAAACAAUGUCGGAUUUACAGGUCAGUGCCAGUAGUCUUCAUUGUGGAGUGUUUGGUGGCUAUUGCAAUGUAUUGAUCAAUCUUAAAGGAGUCACUGACACUCAAUAUGUAACAGAAAUAAGACAAGAAGUGGAGCAGAUACUGGCUGAAUCACAAGAUAACUCAGAUAAAGUCCAGAAACUAGUAUUGAAAAGACUUUAAAGAUUAUAUGGAUUUAUAUUUCAUUUCUUGUUAUCAUUCUCUACUGACCUGCACUGUAAUUUCAACUGUCACAAUGUCUUCAUUAAGUUCCUUUAUAAUGUAGUCAGUUUCUCCCAUUAAAA